AUGGCGGCUGCGCCUGGCAGUUAUAUACCACAUGCCUCUGCUGUGGCUUUGUUCUUCUGCCUCUUGGUCGCCGUCGGGGCAGAGCCACAGCACGAUGACGGCGAAGCAAGAAGAGAAGAAGACGUGACGGUACGGCUGGCGCGCUUCGUCGAAAGCUUAUACGAAGACCUAGAAGAAGCAGCCCAAACAAAUGUCGCCAGGCCUUUCCCAUCACACGAGGCUUUUCACGAGUUUCAUAAUCAGCCAGUUCGACCUUUCCAGCAGGGAAGGCCACCGGGGGGCGGCGGGGCCGCGUCACCUCCGCCGUCAAGGCCCGCACCAGGACAACCCGGUCAGCCUGUGGCUCCUCCUGGACCGACCACCCCUCCGCGGAGGCCACCGGGAACUGCUUUGUUCGGGGAACCGUUCGAGCCACCCAAGGGGCCGCAGAAGCCUCCUUCACCAUCCCGAGGAACAGGCGGGUAUGGAAGGCCUGAGGGACCGCUUCUACCGCCCAGUAACGUACUCGAGCCAGACAUUGUUGGUCCCGUUCUAGAGUAUGAACCACCUGACCUACCUCAAAGGCCACCAGUAUUCAGCGGCUAUCCUAUCAACACUAUUGACUUGCCACCAGCUCCUCCACGGCAACCACCAAGACCAAGGCCUCCACCACAGCCAGAAGCCCCCUCACCGCCCAAAUUUGUUGGGGUUCUCAUUCCUGCGGAUAAGACACCCCAGUUGCCACGACCACCGCUUCCCCCAUCAGCACCACCUGCGCCCAGGCCGCCUAUUUCAAGGCCUCCGGCUCCAAGGCCACCGGCUCCAAGACCUCCAGCUCCUAGGCCACCAGCUCCUAGGCCGCCAGCUCCUAGGCCACCAGCUCCCAGCAUCAGCCGUUUUCCUCCAGCGCCCCCUCCGCCGUUUGCUAGGCCACCAUCAGGCGCGGGUGGUAUUUCAUUCGAUGUGCAAACUGGAGUGGCGAAGCCCCGUCCGGGAGAACCAUCUGUAACUCCUGGUCCACCAGGGGAAGGUUUUGGAUAUGGGCCACCGAGGCGCCCUCCUCCCUCUCCUCCGGGUCCAGGAGCUGGUAUCGGGCCCUUGCCCCAGCCGCCAAGGUUUCCAGCAGGCCCUCCACCCGCCCCUGCACCUCCAAGACCUCCAUCCUUGUCCCGCCCUCAGGCACCGUCCCCAUACCCUUUUCCCAGACCUCCUGGUCCUCUGCCCUCUCCUCCUCGCGGAGUGGCUCUAUUCCCUGAAGGGAGACCCCCGCCUUCACCUCCUCAGCCUCCUAGGCCGGGUGGUUUUCCGAUUCCGGGGACACCGCGUCCCCCAGCGCCUCCUCGACUGCCGGCUCCAUCGCCACCACCAGGCUUUUUUCAGCCAGGCAUAGGUCCCUCAGCGCCGGGGCCUCCCAGGCCAACGACACCUGGUAUUCCUGCUCCCCCUGGGACAGCCAGACCUCCAUCUCCAUCGCGCGGGCCAGUCACUGGUGGACGAAAGCCUUCUGACAUACCACAUCACAAGUUCCACGAGUUCCUUGUCACAGGACCCAAAGCACCAAGACCAGGAGGUACGCUAUUCCCUGGGGCUGGGGUACCAGGACAGAGGCCACCAGGACCACAGCCACGACCACCUUCACCAACACCGGGAGGGCCGUUCAUCCCCCCUUCACCGCCAACCUUUCCCAUACCAGCUCCACCAAGACCGGGCGCUCCUCCGCCGGGCCCUCCUCCACCAAGACCUCCUACGCCGGGGCCUGGUCGCCCACUGAGGCCGCCGUCUCCACCAGGCUUCCCCGCACCAGCUCCUCCAAGACCAAGUGGUCCUCCACCAGGGCCUGGUCGCCCACCACGGGGGACCACCUCCACCAGGACCGCCUCCACUAGGUCCUCCUCCUCCAGGACCCGGCCGACCACUGAGGCCACCGUCCCCACCAGGAUAUCCCUCGCCCACACCACCAAGGCCAGGCGGUCCACCAUCGGGGCCUGGCCGUCCACCACGGCCACCUCCAAGCUAUCCAAUACCAGCACCACCAAGACCAGGUGGUCCUCCUUUCGGGCCACCACCACCAGGUCCUCCGCCACCAGGGCCCGGUCGUCCUCUGAGGCCUCCAUCACCGCCAAGUUUCCCAAUACCAGCUCCACCCAGACCAGGAGCUCCACCGCCAGGGCCCGGCCGCCCACCAAGGCCACCGGCACCACCGGGAUUUCCUGCCCCACCACCACCGCCGAGGGGACCACCACCUCGGCAACCUCCUCCUGCUGGUCCACCACCCUUCUGCUUCAAUUCAUUGACCAGUUUCUUCGCCCAUUGCAGUACAACAUUCUGCUCACCGUUGCGGUGGGAUGUCCCGGAAGGUUCCCUUCUCCACCAGCGCCUGGUAGGAGGCCACCGCCAGCGGGAUCAGGAGCAUUUCCCACACCACCUCCCGGUAUAUCUCCAAUUCCUGGAGGCGUGCCGAGGCCUACACCAAGGCCAGGGCCAUCGCCAGCUCCCCCAAGGCCUCCUCCUUUCCCACAACCGGGGCCAGGACCAUUUCCCGCUAUACCAAGCGGCCCUCCAAGGCCACCUACUUCAAGACCUGCAGUACGGCCACCGCAGCCACCUCGACCAGCAGGACCCCCGACAUUUCAACCUGGACCGUUUCCAGGACCACCAAGAGACGAGGAUGAGUUUCCAGAAACUCCUGGCUAUCCCUCAAAACCAUCCAGGAAACGACCACCUCCUCCACCGUCAAGGGGGACAGCCAUAUUUGGCGAACCUGGUGUACCAACUCCCCCACGGAGACCACCACCUCCGCCUUCUCCGAGACCUCCCUCACCUCCACUGGGACCAAUAACACCGAGACCAACGCCUCCAGGUCCAGGGCUACCACAGCCAUCCCCGCGACCAGUGCCAGGACCUUUCCCUCCACGACCACAGCCACCGCCUGGCCCACCUGGCAUUCCUGGAAUUCCUCCCCAGAUACCGAGGCCGCCUUCACCACCGCAGGUACCUAGACCACCAGUGUCACGUCCACCAGGGCCUGCACAGCCUGGCGGAAGACCAAAGCCUUCUGUUCAUGACAUUCCACAUCACAAGUUUCAUGAAUUCUUGGCUCAGCCUGUGAAACCUGGUACUGGAGGAGGGCAGGUUCCUGGUAUUGGUGGUUACCCUUCACGGCCACCGAGGCCUCGACCCCCACCUCCAUCGGCAGGAGCUGCUGUGUUUCCGCAAGGGCCGCCACCUAGACCUUCGCCUCCACCGCCACCCUCGCCACCGUUUCGGCCUCCAGGACCUCCACCUCCACAAGUCCCAUCACCUCCGAUAUUUCCAGGACCACCUGCUCCGCGACCAUCACCUCCUCCACCACUAAGACCUUCACAGCCCCAAUUCCCUCCUGGUCCACAAGGCCAACCUCCUGGACCUGGAUCUCGGCCCCCACCUACGAGACCACCAACACCACUACCGCCACCUCCCCAAAGACCACAACCUGCGUUUCCUGCACCACCAGCACCACAAAGGCCACCACCUGGAAUAGCCCUGUUUCCUGAAGCACCGUCAUAUGGUGGUAGACCUACAAGACCAAGACCUAGGCCAUCACCCCCGGCAGGUGGACCAGCACCACGGCCUCCUCCACCAGUAUCUCCAGCACCGCCACCAGUUCCAAGGCCACAGAUACCUGGACCCCAACAACCACCAAGAUUUCCACAACCUGGCCAGCAACCACAACCGUUUCCAAGUCCAAGGCCUCCUCCUCCACCUAGACCUCUGGUACCACCGCCGCCGCCUCCUGCACCGCGACCACCUCCACAACCUCAACCCACUCCUGGUCUGCGGCCUGGCCCCACUCCACCAGGACCGAGACCAUAUCCUGGCCCUCCUCCUAUACGACCAACCCCUACACCACAACCACCCAGGCCUUAUCCUGGUCCUUCUCCUGUACAACCAUUUCCAGGACCACCGCCCCCGGUAGGACCAACCCCAGGACCCCCCUUCGUGCCACGACCACCACCAGGUCCAAGGCCUAUUCCUUCACCAACUCCUGUACCAUCACCAAGGCCACCUCCAACUCCGACCUACCCAAGGCCUCAAGUGCCGACUGGACCUGGGCGAGGCCCUCCACUGGUGACACCACCGCCUCCUGGGCCAGGUACCGGGGACUUCCCUGAGGCGCCUGGUUAUGGAGCAAGACGCCCACGUCCAAGGCCACCUCCAGGGAGAGUAUUGUAUCCUGAAGGCGUAACCCCCUCUCGACCGCCUCCAGGUCCAGGUCGCCGCCCAGCACCUCCAUCACCUGGCCCACAGCCUAGACCACCAGGGCCCACUGGUCCAACACCAUAUCCAAUACCAGGGCCUCCUCCAAGACCCCCAGCACCUCCGCGACCUCCAGUUGCUCCACCCCCUCCGAGACCUGGCACUCCAUCUGCCCCAGCUUUCCCGCCACCAACUCCAGGGCAAUUCCCUCAGCCAAGACCACCAUCACCACCAGGUCCAUCGCGUCCAGCUCAACCAGGACGACCAGCAGGGCAGAGGCCUUCUGCAUUUGAUAUACCCCAUUCAAAAUUUCAUGAAUUUCAUCAGCAACCUGUCAGACCACAAGUAGGAGGUAGGCCCCGCCCGACUCCUGGUGUUGCUUUAUAUCCUGAGCCUGGUCCAGCAAGGCCGACAGGACCACCGCGAAUCCCAUCGCCACCAACACCCACACAGCCCUUCCCAUCUCCAAGACCUCCAGGACCCCCAGCACAACCAAGACCUACACCCAGACCCCCAGCAUAUGUCCCUCCAGCUCAACCACGUCCUCCUCAACUCCCAAGACCUCCUGGCCCCGUUCCUACACCCCCUGGUCCAGUACCAAGACCACCAUCACCACCACGCCCAUCUCCACCAACAAGGCCUCCUUCACCCAGGCCACCAGCAUAUUUACCACCUCAACAACCUCCAUCACCAGUGUCCCCUGCACCACGGCCACCUCCGCCGCCCCGGCCAGUACCAGUACCGAGACCUCCAUCACCUCUGCCUCCUGCACCACGUCCACCUCAGCCACCUCGACCAACGCCACCACCAAGACCUCCAUCACCUCUGCCCCCUGCACCACGUCCACCUCAGCCACCUCGGCCAACGCCACCACCAAGACCUCCAUCACCUCUGCCCCCUGCACCACGGCCACCUCCACCACCCCGACCAGUACCAACACCUAGGCCACCAGCUUAUAUACCACCUGGACCAACCAGCCCAAGACCACAGCCGCCAACUCCAAGGCCACCUCCAGGACCUUCUCGAUUUCCAGUUCCUGCUCCUACGCCAUCACCUCCAAGGCCUCAAGUUCCCUCAUUCCCACCAUCUCCAGGAUUUGUUACACCACCCCCAUACAGGCCAUCCCGUCCAGUGUCACCACAAAUACCACAAGGACCCGGAGGCACAGGUAUCACACCGAGUUUUCCAGCACCACCACCGACCAUACCGCGACCUAGUCCAAGACCACCGCAGCCAUCACCGCCACCUCGACCGCCAGUAACGCCGAGCACUCCAGGUCCCUCACCUCCGGCUCCACCAUCAGGCUUUCCCGACAGUCCAGGAUAUGGUAGCAAGCGCCCUACAAGACCCAGGCCACCAGCAACAGGCGGACGGCCACUACCACCUGGACCACUUCCUCCUGUUCCACCUCCCCUUCCGAAUGUCCCUGAACCAACACGGCCAGAAAUACCACAGCCUGUACCACAACCAUUCCCUGAACCACCAGGAUACGGACAGGGUAGACCAAGACCACCGCCCAGGCCUCAACCUCGACCUCAAGUUCCUGGUCCAGCACCACCUGUUAGACCCCAGAGACCAACUGACGUCAGGCCUCAAGUACCACCAAGAAGGCCACCUGGAACAGCCCUAUUCGGUGAACCUGGAGAGCCAUCACCUAGGCCACCAAGACCGAGACCUGGGCCAGGUCCUGGUCCACAGCCCCCUGCACCAGAACCUUUCCCAGACCAACCAGGCUAUGGCUCGAAACGCCCCAGGCCUGGAACUACACCGUCUGGUCCAGGCCAACGACCUGGAGGUGUCCUUUUUCCUGACACCCAGACUACUUCGAGGCCUUCGGUCCCUGGAGGCAGGCCUGGCGACACAGGAGAGGGAAAGCAACCUAUACGCUUCCCUUCUCAUAAAGCGUUUCACGAAUUCCACAACGCCCCCAUCAGAAUUCGAAAUAACAUAGGUUGAAACGAAGACAGAGUGUUGUACACUCCAUGUCGGCACUGCUCCUGAUUGCACUAUGUAUGCAUAGUACAUCCACAAUGUUUGGAGAACUGACUUACAGGGGAAAAAAUGCAACUACCAACGGUUGCUGUAAGCAGUUCAGCAUUAUAAAACAAGAGCAUGAUGGAAAAUCACAUCUAUCACUUAUGGAAAGAAUGCCGCGCCAUCGGCGAGACCAAAUCAAAUAUUUAAGAGCACUGAAGGAAAUGUCCUGUAUCAUUCCUGCUGCUGGAGGAGCCUGAUGUUUACAUGCCAUUGUAUAUUUUUGUUAAUAACUCUGUCAUUGUUUGUGAGUGAGACAUUUGCGGUUGUAUUUUUUCCUUGUUGCUAUAUUUAAGUUUCUUUAAUAAAGACAUACAACAGCAGGCA